AUGGCGCCGGUACGCCGUGGUGUAGCUGGUUACGCUUCGUACGAACAAUAUACGUUGUGGGAUGAGCCGUGGGGCGAGUUUUGGGAGAUUGUUAGGAGUAAGAUGGAUGGCUUGGUGGAGCUGGGGUUUUGUAUGAAUUACGAGGGGCAGUAUUUGGAUCGGUCGACCGGGGCCAAGUGGUUGAAGCCGCUACUGACGGUUAGGGGGUUGAGGCGGUUGGAGGUGUGGGUUCAGGAUAGGAUCGGGAGAGAGGAUGGGAGGGGCGGAGAGGAUGAGGUUGGCGCGAAGAGGGAGGGAGAGACUUUGGUGGAAUUUCUGGGGGAGAUUAUGUGUCAGGGAAAGAGGGGGGAGGUAGUUGAUGGGGUUGAUGGUGGCUUUAACAGUGCGGCUGCUGUUGAUGGGGACGUUGCUGCUACCAGGUGGGACACCGGGAACACAUCGCAUGACGACAGCUUGUCCCCACUUGAUAUUCUUGAUAUUGGCCGCAAAUGA